CACUUAUCACAGAAAUUCGUAAACGCUCGUCUCUGUCUUCACAAACCCAAACUCAAACCCAAACCCAACCCGAAGCUUUUCUCUCUCUAUCUUGUUUUCUCUCUCUUUCUCUCUCGCUCAUACCUAUCGCUUUCUAUCCUUCUCUCUGGUUUUCGAUUUAGGGCUCACGAACUCGCUCUUUGACUCAGAACCUUCUUGCAGCUCCGAUCUGCUCCUUCAGGUUGUGUUGAUUUGUUGCAAGGAAAACGCUCUUCAGGUUGGUGUUCAAGGGAGGACUCAGGAAAGGGAUGACUUAUAGUUUGGCCUGUUGAAAUUCGAGCAAUGUCAGGGCUACUUAAUUCUUCUCUGAACGGUUCUGCUUCAAAUCUUCCAGAUGGUGCUGGGAGGUCUUUUGCUACUUCAUUCUCUGGUCAGUCUGGUGCAGCCUCCCCUGUCUUUCAUCAUACUGGAUCCAUUCAAGGACUGCACAAUAUUCAUGGGAGCUUUAAUGUACCCAACAUGCCUGGUACACUCACAUCAAGAAACUCAACAAUAAAUAGCGUUCCAUCCGGUGGUGUUCAGCAACAAACAGGUAGCCUUUCUAGUGGAAGGUUUGGUUCCAACAAUCUGCCUGUUGCAUUAUCCCAGCUAUCUCAUGGAAGUGCCCAUGGACACUCGGGAGUCGCCAAUAGAGGAGGUAUAAAUGUUGUAGGAAACCCUGGAUUUAGUAGUAGCACAAAUGGAGUUGGAGGUUCUAUUCCUGGGAUUCUUCCAACAUCCGCUGCAAUUGGUAACCGAAAUGCUGUUCCAGGAUUGGGAGUAUCCCAAAUUUUGGGAAAUGCGGGUCCUCGAAUCACAAGUUCUGUGGGAAACAUGGUUGGAGGGGGGAACCUUGGAAGGACUGGUGGAGGAUUGUCUGUACCUGGUCUCACAUCCCGUCAUUUGAGUGCAAACAGUGGAUCUACUGGCUUAGGAGUACAGGGACAGAAUCGAUUGAUGAGUGGUGUGCUUCCACAAGGAUCUCCGCAGGUGAUUUCAAUGCUAGGGAACUCUUAUCCCAAUGCUGGUGGUCCACUUUCACAAAGCCAUGUUAUGGGUAUGUUGAAUGAUGUAAACUCGAGUGAUAAUUCUCCUUUUGACAUGAAUGACUUCCCUCAACUGACUAGUCGACCUAGUUCUGCUGGAGGGCCUCAAGGACAAUUGGGUUCUUUACGGAAGCAGGGUCUUAGUCCCAUCGUUCAACAAAACCAAGAGUUUAGUAUUCAAAAUGAAGAUUUCCCAGCUUUGCCAGGAUUCAAAGGUGGCAAUGCUGAUUAUGCUAUGGAUAUGCACCAGAAAGAACAGCUUCAUGACAAUGCUGUACCAAUGAUGCAAUCUCAACAUUUCCCGAUGGGGAGGUCUGCUGGUUUUAGCUUGGGGGGAACAUAUUCAUCACAUCGUACACAACAGCAACAACAACAUGCUCCUUCGGUGAGUAGUGGUGGUGUCUCAUUUUCAUCUGUAAACAACCAGGAUCUUCUCCAUCUACAUGGAUCAGAUAUUUUUCCAUCUACGCAUUCAACUUAUCAUUCGCAGGCAAGUGGACCUCCUGGGAUUGGAUUAAGGCCACUAAAUUCUCCAAAUACAGUCUCUAGUAUGGGUCAGUAUGACCAGAUCCUCCAGCAGUAUCAACAGCACCAGAAUCAGUCGCAGUUCCGCCUUCAAAUGUCAGCCGUAAAUCAGUCGUUUCGGGAUCAGGGCAUGAAAGCUAUGCAAACUGCACAAUCCACACCAGAUCCAUUUGGUUUGCUUGGCUUGUUAAGUGUGAUCAGGAUGAGUGAUCCAGACUUGACAUCUCUUGCACUUGGAAUUGAUCUUACUACACUUGGAUUAAAUUUGAAUUCAUCAGAAAAUCUACACAAGACGUUUGGGUCUCCAUGGUCUGAUGAACCUGCAAAGGGUGAUCCAGAGUUUAAUGUGCCACAAUGUUAUUACGCAAAGCAGCCCCCUGCUUUUCAUCAAGGUUACUUUUCAAAGUUUUCGGUGGAAACAUUGUUUUACAUAUUCUACAGCAUGCCCAAAGACGAAGCACAAUUAUAUGCUGCAAAUGAGCUGCACAAUAGAGGUUGGUAUUAUCACAAAGAAAAUCGUUUCUGGUUUAUAAGAGUUCCCAACAUGGAGCCGCUUGUUAAAACGAACACAUACGAGAGAGGAUCUUAUCACUGUUUCGAUCCAAACACAUUUGAAACUGUUCGCAAGGAUAACUUUGUUCUACAUUAUGAAAUGUUGGAAAAGAGACCGCCUCUACCACAGCAUUGAGUAGGAAUCAGAACCUUUAUUGUAGAGUUUCAACUGUAAAUUUUCAUUCUGGAUUUUAAUUCCUCAGAAAGUCAUUAGCAUAAGUAUUCCUUUAGUUUGGGCUUUCUCUUACUAUAUGUCGCUUGAGUGAUCCAAGCAUUUCAUCUUUAACUGCCCCAAUUUGAACAGAAGAAUUAUGAUACGUAGGUAUUUCGAUAACCUAGUUAUCUGA